AUGACAUUCGCCGGCACUGAAGAGCCAUGUGCUACUGUAACUAUUCGUUGUAUCGGCAACAUCAAAGACGAGAAACAUCAGCCGGUUGUCGCUGGAAAGUUGACUUCUUUCAUUGCCGAUGAACUGAAAAUCUCUCCUGAAAGGUAGGACAACUUAUUUGUGCCACAAAUUAUGAUGAACAUAAAAUGAAGCAUAUAACUAAAUUAAUAUCAUCAAAGUUACGUAUUAACUAUAAACUUUUUAGAUUCUACGUUUUGUUUCAUGAUCUGGCUGAAGACGAUGUAGCCUACACUGGAAUCAUGUUCCCUGAACUCAAAAAGAAGCUGGGGCUUUAA